AUGCUACCACUUUUAGAAUCACUUAGACGUCGAUUUUCAAAACAAAUUCUCUUGAUUGUUGUUGGUCCUUUAGUAUUAUUUACAUUAAGUGCACUACUAUAUUUAAAUACUAAAACAACAACUAUUUUUGGUUCCACUAGUGCAAAACAACAAACCACUGCAAUUAAUAACAAUCCUAGCAGUGCUUCAUUUUUAAACUCAUCUAAGCGCCUCCUAAAGUCUCCUGCCAAUUCCACUCUAGGAUUUCAAAAACUUUUCUAUAUUAAUCUUGAUACACGCUAUGAUCUUGAAGAUAUGAUACAAUUACAAUCCGAUGUCGCUGGAAUUACUCCAGAUCUUUGGCCUGCCAGAAAAAUUGAACCAAACUCUUUUAAAGGUCUUCCGCCAGCUUCGGAUGAUUGGCCGUCAAAAGUUGCCCUAGGGUUACUUGGAUGUUUACGUUCUCAUGCAGACAUUUGGCGCGCCACUUUGAAGGAAAAAUGGGAGACUGUAUUAAUUCUUGAAGCGGAUGCAGCUUGGGAUAUUCACGUACGCGAAAUGAUGGCCCACUUUUCAAAGGGGUUUCAAGAAGCAUUGCCAGCAUUGAGUGCAUUAAACAUUACAGACUCUCCUAUGGCUCCUCACGGUAAGCCAGGAGAUUAUGUUCCUACAGAAAAUGAUCCUUAUAUGGCCAAGCACUGGGAUAUUUUACAACUUGGUGGGUGCUUUGAAAAAAAGGAGCGAGCAGAAUUUAAACAUGUGUAUUUUGAUCCGACUGCUCACCGGAAACCUAUCCCUUACGCCGAUGGAUCAGAACUUGGAUCUCACGAGCGAGCAAUUCGUUGGCAAAAUGAACUCAUGUGUACUACUGCAUAUGCAAUCACUCCCACAGGUGCUCGGAAAUUACUUUUGCGUAUGUCACUACAACUCAAUACUCCUGUUGAUGGAUUAAUUUCUGAGUUAGUACGUGAAGACAAAUUACGAGCUUAUUCUACAACUCCCAAUGUUUUUAUUCAAUGGCAAUAUCGUGAUGGAUUAGGUUCGAAUAAUAAAAAUAGUGAUAUUUCCAAAUUUAAUCCAGGAGAUGAUGCAUCUCAAGAAGCUCGAAAUAGAAUGUGGGCCUUGGCUCGUAAGGAAAUGAAGAUUUGGCAAUACAAUGGAAUUUUUGGAAUGUCGGGAUUUCUACAUCCAGCACUUGGAGGACAGGCGGAGCAGCUUUAUGGUAUCGUACCAUCAUGA